UCAGUAAACGGGUUUCGAAGGCAAGAUAGCGCAUUGCUCUGUGUGUCAAAUCGUAUUUCUACAGGCUGAAGCACGACGGGGUGGUGGUGGGUGAUAGAGGGGGCCAUAGGGGUGAACAGAGUACAAUGAACGACGCCAAGAAAGACGGGAAUGUGGGCGCAGACGGAAUACGAGGACCGGGUGAGCUGCAAAUGGCCCCCUCUUUGAACCACAAUCAGCAUGACAACGGCACCGGCGACGAGCUGGUGAGCUCGGUGACGUUGUACAAGCGAAGGCCCCGACUGCUACAUGGCACGGUCCUCCCGUUCCUGACUGUUCUGUACCCGGGGUGGCUUUACGUUUGGUUGGGAGUCUACGGUGCCUCCGAGUAUCCGGAGGCAGGCCUCCUUGCGUUAGCCGCAAUCGGGAUCGCGCACGUCUUAACAGCACUCUCUGGUUAUUGGUCUGUGCAUGCGCAUUGUUGGCUUACAUGUUCAAAGGAGCCAGAUCCAAACAAGGCUACGCUGGCAAAGGUCAUUCCAACCCCCAACAACGGUUCUGCUGAGCUUGUUGUUUUACAGAGAGACCAGGACGAGAAUGGGGAAAGGAUUUUAUCUUUUGAGUUUCAAAAAAUCCGCUACAUCUUUGACUACAAAGAAAAGAAAAGUUUCCUUCCAAUAGCAUUUCCCAUCAGCAACCCAAUGGGUUACUUUCAGUCUUGGCGUGGCUACCAGGAGGAGACCGAACUCAGAGCAGCAGAAAAGCGAUAUGGCACCAAUCGUGCCGAGAUGGUGGUGCCAGAUUUUCUAGAGCUUUUCAAAGAGAGGGCCACAGCUCCUUUUUUUGUCUUCCAGGUUUUCUGUGUUGGACUGUGGUGUCUGGAUGAGUACUGGUACUACAGUGUUUUCACACUAUUCAUGCUGGUGGCAUUUGAGGCCUCCCUGGUCCAGCAGCAGAUGAGGAAUAUGUCAGAGAUCCGCCGCAUGGGAAACAAACCAUACAUGAUCCAAGUAUAUCGUAACAGAAAAUGGAGACCUAUUUCAAGUGAUGAACUUGUCCCUGGAGAUCUUGUCUCAAUUGGGCGUUCACCGCAAGAAAAUUUGGUACCAUGUGAUGUGCUACUAAUCAGGGGUCGAUGCAUUGUGGAUGAAGCAAUGCUGACUGGAGAGUCCGUGCCACAGAUGAAGGAACCAGUGGAAGACUUAGACCCAGAGCGGAUUCUGGACCUUCAGACAGACUCUCGCCUCCAUGUCAUCUCUGGUGGGACAAAAGUAGUCCAGCAUAGCCCCCCUUUAAAGGCCAGUGCUGGACUUAAGCCUGUAGACAACGGCUGUGUGGCCUACGUACUGAGAACAGGAUUUUAUACCUCUCAGGGUAAACUGUUGAGGACCAUUCUCUUUGGUGUGAAGAGAGUGACAGCAAACAACCUAGAGACCUUCAUCUUCAUCCUCUUCCUGCUUGUGUUUGCCAUUGCUGCUGCUGUAUAUGUGUGGGUAGAAGGGACCAAGGAUGUCAGCCGGAACCGCUACAAGCUGUUCCUGGAGUGCACACUUAUCCUCACUUCAGUGGUUCCACCAGAACUCCCCAUAGAGCUUUCCCUAGCAGUUAACACAUCUCUCAUUGCCCUGGCUAAACUUUAUGUGUUUUGUACAGAGCCGUUCAGGAUACCAUUUGCAGGAAAAGUAGAAAUUUGCUGUUUUGACAAAACUGGAACACUGACCAGUGACAGUCUGGUUGUACGAGGAGUAGCAGGCCUCAGACAGGGAAAGGAGGUCACACCAGUCUCCGAGAUACCCGUUGAGACACAUCGGGUAGUGGCCACCUGCCACUCACUGGUUACACUGGAUGAUGGGCAGCUGGUAGGAGAUCCUCUUGAGAAAGCCAUGCUGACUGCUGCCGACUGGACUCUUACUAAAGAUGAAAAAGUGUUCCCACGGGGCAUCAAAACCCAGGGACUCAAAAUCCACCAGCGUUUUCAUUUUGCCAGUGCUCUGAAGAGGAUGUCAGUGUUGGCAUCCUAUGAAAAAUUGGGCUCAACUGAACUCUGCUACAUCUCAACAGUCAAGGGUGCUCCAGAGACUCUCAGAGGAAUGUUUGCAGAAUGCCCGUCAAGUUAUGAUGAAGUCCAUAGAGAGAUGUCACGGGAAGGAGCUCGAGUUCUGGCUUUGGGCUAUAAAGAGAUUGGACAUCUCAGUCAUCAACAGGUCCGGGAGAUAAGUCGCGAAGCUCUGGAAUGUGAUCUUCAUUUUGCUGGGUUCAUGGUUGUAUCUUGUCCACUAAAAAGUGACAGCAAGGCUGUAAUCAAAGAGAUUCAAGAAGCAUCUCAUCAUGUGGUUAUGAUAACAGGAGACAACCCUCUAACUGCUUGCCAUGUUGCAAGAGAGCUCCAUUUUAUCCAGAAAGAGCACACACUUAUAUUGCAGCCAAGUUCCAAUCAUGGUGAAUGGCAGUGGGAGUCCAUUGAUGGCAGUGUGUCUGUAUCACUUCCCCCUCCUUCCGUUUCUUCUUUUGUGUGUCAGUACGACUUGUGUGUAACAGGGGAAGGGCUCACCAGAUUGAGCUGUGACCCCCGGCUUCUACAUACCCUGUUGCCACAUAUACAAGUGUUUGCUCGUGUCAGUCCAAAACAAAAGGAGUUUGUGAUCACCAGUCUAAAGGGACUGGGUUAUGUGACAUUGAUGUGUGGUGAUGGCACAAAUGAUGUGGGAGCUCUUAAACAUGCUCACAUAGGUGUUGCUCUGUUAGCCAAUGCCCCUGAACACAUGCCAGAAAAAAAGAAGCGUUCAAGAGAAAAGGAGUCAUCCACAUCAGAAUCCAGACCUUUACCAGCUGUCAGUUCAGGGGCCAAACUGAGCUCCAGGGCAGCCAGACAACGAGUUAUGGCACAAAGAGAAGAGCAGCUUGCUGCACAAAAGGAGAGGAUCAAUCAAGUCUUACGAGAACUUGAAGAGGAUCAGAUACAAGUAGUAAAACUAGGUGAUGCUUCCAUCGCUGCUCCCUUCACCUCAAAGCUCUCCUCUAUACAGUGCAUCUGCCAUGUAAUAAAGCAAGGCCGUUGCACGCUGGUGACAACACUCCAGAUGUUUAAAAUCCUUGCACUUAAUGCCCUAGUGCUGGCCUAUAGUCAGUCUGUUCUCUACCUCGAGGGAGUCAAGUUCAGUGAUUUUCAGGCAACUCUGCAAGGCCUGCUCUUGGCUGGAUGCUUCCUCUUCAUCUCUAGAUCAAAGCCACUUAAAACAUUGUCACGAGAGCGGCCCUUACCCAACAUCUUUAAUCUGUAUACAGUGUUGACUGUGCUCCUACAGUUCGCUGUUCACUUCUGUAGUCUUGUGUACCUUUACAAAGAAGCACAAAGCAGAAGUCCACCCAGAGUGGAGCAGUUUGUAGAUCUUUAUAAAGAAUUUGAACCCAGUCUAAUUAACAGCACCGUGUACAUAAUGUCAAUGGCCAUGCAGAUGGCCACUUUUGCCAUCAACUACAAGGGUCACCCCUUCAUGGAAUCUCUUAGUGAGAAUCGACCACUUCUGUGGAGUAUUGCCCUGUCAGGUUUAGCAAUUGUGGGGCUUCUUACUGGUUCCUCACCGGAAUUCAACGAACAGUUUGCUCUCGUAGAUAUUCCAACGGAGUUCAAAUUAAUCAUUGCCCAGGUUCUGGUGGUGGACUUCAUCGUGGCUCUGCUGGUGGAUCGUGUCCUUCAGUUUCUGCUUGGCAAAGGAACUCUCAGGCUGCCUUCUUGAACUCAGUGCCAACAGCAAAUGCUGCCCUUAUCAACCAAAUUGUAAAGGGAGAGAAGACUUUGAAGGGGGGAGAGAAUUAUAGCUGUUGAGACAUACACAAGACAGCAGUCAUGGCAUGUAGUACUGUUCAUUUUGUUUAUCUCGUCCUUUGUACUGAUCUGUUCCUCUUUAAACCUUUUCGUCUGUAUUUAAUUGACUCUUUUUUUUUUCUUUUUUUUUUUUUUUAACAUUUCACCUUCUACAUGUGUCCCUCCCCACUGCUACAAAAUGCCAUGAAGACAGCAGUAUUGAGUGGAGUGAGAUUGUGCCAGCCAGAGUGAAACCUACAGGCACAAAAAGGGGCAUUCUCCAAGAGAAUUGCAAUAGUGUUUUGGAUAUUUUAUUCCCCUUUUCUCUGAUUUUGUAAAAAGUGAAAAAAGAUCUUUAACAAACUUAUAAAGACUUAAAAAUACAAAUGUGACCUCUGCCAAGUGUUUUAUCAAAUACCGAUGGUAAGACAAAGUGUGUCCUACUUACUAUCCUGUUACCAGGAAUUGACACUGAAAGUAAAGUGAUCCAAAAAUGUCAAAUACAGUGCAGCUGUUGAAAGAAAAUCAGUCAUUUUUUAAACCUUAGCCAAAACAAAAGUGCAAUUCAUUAAGCAUCAGCUCUUAAAAAAUGAGGAGAGUUAUAAAGUUUGACACCUGUUAGCUGCUCUAAUAACCAUACAAAACCCGAAAGAUCAGCUACAGAUAUCAUUACUCAG